AUGCCUCGAGCGAGAGUACGACCAGAGAACCGAUUACGCUCUUCCAGGGCCUGCGACUUAUGCAAAGCGUCCAAAAUCCGCUGCGAUUCGCAGGUCCCCUGCGCUUCGUGCAUUAAACGAAACCACCCCGGCAACUGCAUCUAUUCCAUCCCGCCGAGCCGCCGGGCCCGGCCUGGGGCCGGCGACAGAAGUUCGGGACCAACACCUUCACGACUACGUCCAUUUGCACACGGUGUGUGGACAGAUAGCCCCACUGUGUCUAACUCGGCGGAAUCUUACACGAGUAAUCCUCCUUUGAUUGUGCAACCGUCGCCAAAGAGCAUUAAUGCGGGCAGUGGGGACUGGACCAAAGACCCAGACCAGGACUCGCCGAGUGAGAGAUUCGUGACCGGGUCAAAUGGAGAGAAAUUAUACAUAGGAGACACCGCUUCAUUGUCAUUCUUGGACUUUUUGCGACGUAAUCUAAGACCGUACGUCGGUGCAACGCCCUUCACCGACGGUGAACGCCAAAAUCUCGAGCUGGAAAUCGACGUUGACGAUGCCACAAAUGUGGAAGUGAACUUGACUGUUGAAGAAAAGGGGGAUGCCCUUCUCUAUCUCUUUUCGCCGGCAGAGAUAGACGCCUUUAUGGGGAGAAACUCAGAGCACCCCAGCACAGAACUGAAGAAGGAUGAUAUUGCCGCGCUUGAGAUGACCGUAGCGAUAGGCGCACAAGCACGCGCGUCGGGAUCUCGAGACGCACAAUGCGCAGCCGUGUACUUUGCGCGAGCUCGUUCUAUAGCUUUCCAAGACAUGUUAGCUUACCCGAGUAUAAGCAUGGUCAGAAUAUUCCUCCUCCUAGCCUUUUUUACUCUUGGAGCGUGCCGGCAGAAUGCAGCCUUUAUAUACCUCGGUGUCGCAUCGAAAGCGGCCAUCGUUCUCGGUCUACAUCAGCCGAUGAGCUGGCAAAGUCUGCAGCAACAAGCAGAUGGGCCUAACUUGAGGUACCUGACUUUCACACCAAUUAUCCCUGCCGGUCUUUGCAUAUUAGAUGUAUUGACAAGCUCCAUCCUAGGACGGCCUUGUACUGUGCCGAGGGCGACACGACAUGAUCUCCAUUCGCUCCCGCUGGACCCUAAUACCCCAGAGUUUAACGCUGUACUAAAAGGAGCAGCCCUUCUCGACGACAUUUGUCGCAUACUCAGCAGCGGUGUUAUGAUAGACGUACCGACCGCCGAGGACCUCCUUACAAAACUACGCCAAUGGAGUCAAAAUCUUCCGCCUUGCCUUCGCCAGUUCUCCUGCACUGACGGCUCGUCGAUGAGCUCUGUGGAUCGUCAGACUUUCCUCGGUCGAAUACAUGUUUCCAGCGUUUACUAUUUCUCCGUGAUGCUUGUGACUCGUCCGUUCUUGAUUCGACAUUUAAUGUCCAAACUCCGUCGCCGCUCGGGUCAUGAGGUUAGUGUCAACCUACAUCCAAACGAAGCCGGCCUUGCGCAAGUCUGUACGAGCUCAGCAGCAUACAUGGGUGAGUUGUGUCGGAAAACUGCGUUAGCCGUCACCAUGUCAGAGUUGCCGUUCGGAAACCUCUGCUUGUUCAAGACGUGGGCGUUUGGGGCUGGCCUGAUUCUUGGACUUUCCCUAUUCGUUGCCGAGUCAAGCAGUAAAUUCCAAGAACCAUUCACCGGAAUUCUGGAUGUACUGAAUAAGAUUGGCGAAGCAAGUCCCCAGUCCAAGUUAUACGGCGAAACUUUGAGCACCUUCAUGGACACGAUCCACGUCUACCGGCGACAACUUUCUCACCACCCCCACCGCACCGUGGAUCAAUAUAUUGAUCAGAUCUUGGUCAUUGACGUUGAGCCGCACCAGUCAGGGCGGCAGUCCAUGCCGUCAAAUCAACACUUUAUGAACUCCCCUUGGGAUACCGAUGCUGGAUUUACUAUGGCGCUUGACUCUGGAGACCUCACCUUGGUUGGACAGUCCGGGCUCGAUGACUACUGGUCAACACAGCAGCCCUGGGACGAUGUUGCUAUGCAGUUUUCGGAUAACUUUGGGAUUGAUUUUGGUGCGCAGUUUCUCCAGCCUUAG